AGGAAAGGGAAGGGAAGGGGCGCGGCGCGGCCGGCGCGGGCAGGCAGCGGCGGGAGGGCGGCUCAGCCCGGCCCGGCGGCGGGAGAGGCUGACUAAUAUUUUGGCAACGGAGGUUCUCCAUCUCUCCCUGGAAGAGGGCUGAGGCAGGAUAGCCCUGCGUGCAGGCUCCGCGGGAGUUGAUUCGCAGCCCUGCUGAAGUGUUUGUGGAAUGAAGCGCACAAACUCUCACACUUGUGAGCACGCGGUCCACAGCAAUGCUCUGCUGCCUCGUGGAAGGAGCCGUGCGACACUAACGUUACAACAAAGACGGAACGUGACGGCAUAAAAAACCAAAUUUUUGUAGACGGCUGGAAACACUUGCCCAGCUGGUUUGCCAGAACCUCUGAUUAUUUUCACUACUGAAAAGGAACUGCAAUGGAGAGUACGGUAUCAGUUAUUUUCCUUGUAUCAUUUUCCAUACUGCUGUGUGAAAGUUACCACCAUGGAGUGGAGACAGCUACUGUUGUGCAUACAUCGGAGAGAGCUUUUCCAGAAAAGACAGUGGGUGUUAAUAGUGACUUGGCAGGACUAAUACAGAAGUUGCACCUUCAAGAACUUUUUAAUCGUUAUGGAGAAAACAACUCUCUGUCAAUUGAUGGGUUUAGAAAACUGCUACAGAACAUAGGUAUAGAUAAAAUGAAAAGGAUUAAAAUAAGCCACGAUCAUGAUCAUGAUCAUGACCACAGUCAUGACCAUCAUAACCAUGACCAUGAUCAUCACGCUCAUCAUAAUCACGUUUCAUUGAGUAAAAGCUCUGAGAAGACUGCUUGUCCAAACCAUGAAUCUGAUGCUAGCAAAGACCACAGGAGCAGCCACGCAAAGGAGCCUCAUAAAGCCGAAAGCGUGGAGCGGCAGCAGAACUUUGUGCGCAGCAAGAACACGGUUCAUGAGAUCACAGCGUCCGUCAUCACCGCUUCCGCAGGUGGCCACGCCGAGCUCCAGAACGUGCAGCCUGGAGAAGUCAAGAUGGUUGUUCGUGUGGGUGCGGCUGGCCCUGGUACCUUUAAUGUCACAGGGGGCCGCAAUGCCUCCUGGCUUGGUGCCACGAAGACAAACGAAUCUCGUGCUUCUCCGAAGGAAGAAGGGAGCUACCUCUAUUCUAAACUGAAAAAACAAAGCACUCAGGAGUGCUCCAAUGCAUCCAAACUGAUGCAGUCGCAUGGAAUAGGCACUCAAGUACUGUUGACUGCUACAGAAUUUAGUUAUCUCUGUCCAGCUCUUAUUAACCAGAUCGAUGGCAAAUACUGCAUAGUCCAUGCUACUAGUGAAAAAGCUGAAACUCCUCCAAAAAGUUACUCUCUGCAAAUAGCUUGGAUUGGUGGCUUUAUAUCCAUCUCUGUCAUCAGCUUUCUUUCCUUGCUGGGUGUUAUAUUGGUACCACUGAUGAAUCGAGUAUUUUUCAAAUUUCUUCUGAGUUUUCUUGUGGCACUGGCUGUUGGGACCUUGAGUGGAGAUGCCUUCUUACACCUCCUUCCACAUUCUCAUGGAAACCAUCACCAUCACCACGAAAAGCCUCUGCUUGAUCAAAAAGGCUCUAUGUACAAACAUCUUGUUUUUCAAAGUACAGAGGAGAAUGCUUACCUGGAUUCUACAUGGAAAGGACUUACAGCACUUGGAGGCUUGUACUUCAUGUUUCUAGUGGAGCAUUUGAUCACUUUAAUAAAGCAAUUUAAGGACAAGAAGAAAAAGAAAAAAAAUGAAGAUGAUGGAGAAAGUAAGAAGUUUUCAGCAAAUGAAGAAAAGUUGGAUACGGAUGAUCGGCCGGAGGGCUAUCUAGGGACAGACUCCCAAGAUCCAUCAACCUUCAUUUCUCAGCAGCCAACUGUACAAGAGGAAGAAGAAGUGAUGAUAGCUCAUUCUCAUCAAGAGGAAGUUGACAAUGAAUAUGUGUCCAGGGGCUGUAGAAACAAAUGCCAUUCUCACUUGCACGAUACUCUAGGACAGACAGAUCAUCUAAGUCACCAUCACCAUGACUAUCAUCACAUUCUGCACCACCAUCAUCAUCAGAACCAUCACCCCCACAGUCACAGUCAGCGCUACUCGCGCGAAGAACUGAAGGACGCAGGGAUAGCAACUCUGGCGUGGAUGGUGAUCAUGGGAGAUGGACUGCACAAUUUUAGUGAUGGACUGGCCAUUGGAGCAGCCUUUACUGAAGGGUUGUCUAGUGGUUUAAGUACUUCUGUGGCUGUAUUUUGCCAUGAAUUACCUCAUGAGCUAGGAGAUUUUGCUGUCCUUCUAAAAGCUGGUAUGACUGUCAAGCAAGCUGUGCUUUAUAACGCUCUGUCAGCUAUGCUGGCCUAUCUUGGUAUGGCAACUGGCAUCCUUAUUGGUCAUUAUGCAGACAAUGUUUCAAUGUGGAUAUUUGCACUUACUGCUGGCUUGUUCAUGUAUGUGGCUCUUGUGGAUAUGGUACCUGAAAUGCUCCACAAUGAUGCCAGUGACCAUGGAUGUAGCCGGUGGGGAUACUUCCUGUUACAGAAUGCUGGGAUUCUCCUGGGUUUUGGGAUAAUGCUGCUUAUCUCAGUAUUUGAACAUAAGAUUGUAUUCAGCAUAAACUUGUAAUCCUGGUUGCCAGGAAGACACCUUGGUGUUAAAUUAUAAGUGGUAGGGGUUUUCUUCUACGAAUUUUCUUAUUGGGAAGGUACAUUUGAUAUAGACUAGAUAUUUUUAUUGGUGUGCUUUGUUGUUGUGUACUUCCCUCCCUUCUUGCCUGAUUGAAAGGGAAACUGUAAAGUUUGGGGUUUGUUGGGGUUUUGUUUGUUUGUUUUUAAUUGUGUUUUUUUUUUUACUUGGGAUUUAGCAUUGCUUAUGGUACUGUGGAGAGUGGUACUUAGUAAAACAUGGCCAAAUCUAUAUUAUUUGUAUUGUCUGUACUGUUUGGGGGGUUAGGUUGGUUUUUUUACUGAAUUUAUUUACUGUAUGUAAUUAUAUGUAAUGUUUUUUACUUCUGUGGUUUUGUUGGUUUAAAUAGAUAAAACAACAGUGGGGCUUUUUUUUAGCAGUUAGAAUCAGUGGAUACAAAGCACAGUGGGCAAAGUAAAAUGAGAACAAAACAUAAUGGUUAGCAUGUGUUUUUUGGUAAAAACAUCAUUUCUUCUGCAUCCACCUGGUUUAUACAGAAAGGCAGAUAAGUCCAUUCCAUCCUUUGUGGUGGUGCUGAUUCUCUCAGUAGCUUGUGGAUUCCUGUGUAUUUUUCCAGUUGGUUUCUACCCCAAACAAAUUAAUAUAAAACCGUGUUCUAAGUGUUUACGUCAAAUGUUUAACUUGUUUCAUCCCUUCUGAUAGGAGUUGCUCUUCACUGAUUUCUCAAAUCAGCAACAAAAGUCCAGUUCUUAAAUUGCCAAAGCUUUAAGAUAUGUGAAUUCCAUCAAAAAGACUUUAAAAGCAGUGUUGUAUCCCACUUACACUGCCUGAAGUGACAAAGGUGUAUUAAAGCCUGUUUGAUAUCAAGGGGGAGGAGUGCUACAGGCUGAGAUAAACAGUCAUUUCCUACAACAGCUUCCUGAAGUAAAGUGUUGAUUUACUUUGGGAAAAUGAGCUGAGUGGGAGAGCUGCCUACUUCUAGUUCAGUGUGACUGCACACAAACCUAUGCUAUAUUGUUUGCAAGAACUAAAGCUGAGAAAUCCAAAAUAACAAAAUCUCUUUGGUACCAUAAUCUAGAGAAACAGUGUGUUAAGGAUGAUAAGUGUAUACUUAAGUAUAUAGUUUAAGCCUACAGUCUUAAUACGUUUAACCACCCUGAAUGUCACUGAAGGAAGAAGGUUGGAAAAAACCAAUAGCAAAAGAAAUUCUGCAUUUGUAGGAAAGGUGAACAAAGUCGUUUAAUUAUGAAUAAAUAACAGAAUUACGCUAUCUUACUAGCUGGCUUUAAAGAUCCUAGAAAUAACACAAUUAGAACCUAUUUCUAAUCCACUGCUUCAAAUCAUCAGCUGAAUAAAAAGCUUGAACAACCAGAGAAGUUCUUGAUGAUACUGUGUAUGACAGGUUAAAACAGUUUGUUGGUCUGUCACACAAUGGAAGUCGGGAACCAUUCUAUCACCUCAGAUGAUAUUGAAACAAAACAAACAAAAAAUGUUUUCAGUUCAUUGAGAGGUCUGAGGGGUCUGCUCUUCCUUCAGCCUUUCCUCAGGUUAGCAAGAUUGUUAUUUACUUUUCUGCUCACAGUGGUGAAAUCCUGUUCUGCACCUCCUUUGAAGCCAGGAGUUGAGAAAGGUGUACUUGCUUCAGGUCUCCUAAUGCAUCCCUGUGUCCUAGCGGGCUUUUUAGGGCUUGGGCACAGUGUUUACCUGUGGUGUGGGAAAACUCCAUAAAUGCAGCGUACUUUAGCCUGUGGGGCUUCCAUCGUCUGCACCACAAUCCUGGCUGCUACAGAAAUGGGGCAUCUGUAGUCCUGGAUUUCAGACUUGGAUGAGCUCAGUUUGCUUUGAAUUUUUCACUGCUGGUUUCUGUUAGCCUACAGCCAUAAUAGCUGCCAGUUCAGCUGGACUUCUCUUGUCUGGAUUUGACACAGGAAGCAGGCGGGUAGCCUGUUGCUCAGGAGAUUUUAAGAUCAAUGACUAAACUAUGGAGAUAAAUCUACCAAUUUAAUUGUUUCCAGUGGGCUCUUGGCUGACUUUUGAUGUACUCGACUGACAUUAAAAUAUCCACAUAUCAGAACACAUUGCUAAUUUAAUCAUAAGAAAAAUGAAUCGCCUUUAGAGCAUGUGGGCAGAAAUGUCUAUCCUGUAUACAAGCAUACUACACACAUUCACUGCUCUUCAAUCACUGAUGGAGAAAUGUCCAUGAUAGGCAGCUGUCCAAACUGAUAACUGAGAAGGCUACAGACUGAAACUUGCUGUAGUUUUGUAUCAGCAGGAUGAAAAAAGGUUGGUUGUUGUUUGUUUUGAGUUGGUUUGUUGUUAUUUCUCUGUCAGCCUUAUAAAGUAGAAUCUGGAUCUGUUGCAAUGUAUUCAUGUUGGAAAUACUCAUUGUUUGGCAAACUGGUGGGGCAGAGCCUCUAAGUAGCCCUUUAUUUUUAUGGGUAUAUUUUUCUGCAGCAGUUUUUACUGUGCCUGGCUACUCUGGAUAAUAAAUGUGUCUGCUUUGUGUAUUCAGCUGUAGCUUAAUAAUGGUACAGACCUUAAUUUAUGCUGUUACAGCUGCCUUUAGUGCCUGUGCUAGAUGCAGGUAAACAGAGCUGGAUUCAGUUCAGUGCUGGAUUAAAUUUUGGGUUGUGUUUUUUCUGUAACAUAUUCUUCUAAUGGUUUUGGCCUGUAUUUGUACAGAAGAUGUCAUGUUACUUUGGGCAGCAGGAGUCAGAGCAAAGGUGUGGAGGUUCUCAAGUUCUCCCCUGCCUGGCCCGUGGGGAGCAGGUGCUGGUACGGUUUCUCUGCAUCCUCUGUGCCUAAAUGUGAUGCCAGGUGUGUUGUGGGAAUGCAACUCUUUUAUGUUUAUAUAAAACACAGCCCAGGCUGAAAUGGAAUUCAAAGGCUUUAAUGGAAUUCACAGAGGCUCUCCUGCUGCCUGAACUGAGACACCAGUGCAAUUAAAAUCUCUGUGGAAAAACUGGUGGUUAUGUUUUCCACGAGCAGGAAACAAAAAGAUAAUUUAAUGGAAUGUGGGUGGGGUUUUCUGCUUGUUUUGUUGUUUUUUUGUUUUUUUUUUUAAUUUAAAGUACUUUUUUGGUGUGUGUAUAUAUGGUCACUGCAGCUGUUACUGUAUUGCUGUGUGCUAGAGAAAAUAAACCACUGAACCAAA